AUGACAGUUAAUACAAACCAUAUGUUAUUGGUAUCACGUGUUGCAAUUGAAAAGUGAUGAUGAUUCGAUGUUUCAAAGACAAGCAAAUUAAAUUAUCAGUUGCAACUUUUUGUGUAUCAGUUUGAUUUUUUGUGAGAAUUUGAAGAAAAAGCAGAAGGGGAUUAUUAUAGACUUGUAGAACCGUGCCACAGUGAUGAAUUGUCUUCUGGGUACACUUGGCAUGAAAUAUGUGUGAAACUAGAUGAUUUAAGAUUUUCUUGUUACUUGAUUGCUAAUUAAUUCGGUGACCUUAAUUACAAACUUGAAUACCAUCUGAAUGUUGAAGGUUAAAUCAACUCUGAAGAUGACAUCAGGAGUGUUGUUUGUUGUCAAUUUCUGGAAAGGCCGACGGAAGGAUAAGGAUUCCCCAACACCCCCUGCUGCGGAGGAAAGUAAACGAUACCUAGAGGACACUUGUAUAAAGGAACGAGUGACUGAUGCCGACUUCUUCCGACUGGUAUCACUUCCGCACAGUCUAGAUAAAAACGAGUGGCUAGCAACACAUGCAAUCUCAUUUUUUAAUCAUGUGAACCUUGUGUAUGGUGUGGUGUCCGAGUACUGUAACUCCGAGACCUGUAGUACAAUGACAGGCCCAGGGAAUGUGCAAUUUUUGUGGUAUGAUGACAAAGGGAAGAAAUACAAGUACAGUGCUCCUCAGUAUGUAGACAUUGUCACCACAAACAUUCAGAGAGAAAUCUCCGAUGAAACUGUCUUUCCUACAAAGUUUGGUCAAACUUUUCCAAGCACAUUUGAGUCCACAGUGAAGAAGAUUCACAAAUAUUUGUUCCACAUUCUAGCCCAUAUAUACCAUGUACACUACAGUGACUUUGUAACACUACAGAUGCAUGGUCAUCUAAACAGCUUGUUUACUCAUUUCAUGGUGUUCAAUAUAAAAUUUGACCUUCUUGAGGAGAAAGACUACGAAGUGGUUCAAGACUUACUGAAGGGACUAAUUCAGCUUCUUCCAGAUCCCAAUCAAAAUGAAGGCAAAGAAAACACAGCGCCAUCUUCAGACAAGGACAAUAACUGUGUCAGUAUGGAAGUCUCUCCGACACACAUAUAAAACAAUGUGAUACAUAGUUACUAUACAUCGUAAUAUUUGUGAUGUGUACUUGGGAUCGUUGUAUGUUAUAAUUAUUGUUUUUGAUAUUUUGACAUAAAAUCUGGUGGGUGUUAUGGAAGCUAAUACAGGGAUGAAAUGCUUGUCCAGUUAAUUAUAACUGGAUAGAAGUAAACUCUUCAUUUGAAUAUGAAUGCUUGAAAGCAACCCUUUUUUUUAUCGUAAAUAUCCUGCAGUAGUUUGGUUCGUGAUUUUUUUUAAGUAGCUUGGCCUUAGACUAAAUAUAAAUGAUAAUUCGUACAUUAUUUAAUUAUUUUAGUUAUGUUUUUAACUAAAAACAGCUAAAAUGGCUUUUCAGGUGUUAAGAAUUUGGCUGGGAUUAGUUUGGGUGAUGAGGCCAGCUGAUAGGACAAUAAAUAUGACAAGUGCUUUCCGUCCAUUUUAGCAGUAAUGGCUUACAUCAGUUAACACAAAUAGUCUUAAAUUGGAGCUUUUACUUGCAGGCAGGAAUCUAACUUCAUUAUUAAUACCUCAUGAAUGAAACAGAUAUUUUUUUUUUAGUUUGUUAAGGGAUGAAUAGUACUCCAGGUUUCUCCCCUCACAUUUGUUUUGUGAGGUUUUUGACCUGCAUCCUAAGCUGCCUUGUUUCUUAAAUACUCAACAUCUUUUUAAAAUAGACAAGUACAUGUACUACCUUUCAGUCAUGAAAGUUUGUAACAUAAUUCUUACUGAUGACAUCUUAUAAUUAAAAAGAAAUCUUUCUGAUUUUUGAAAAUCAAUUUUGAUGCCAAAACAUGUCUAGAAAUGGUAAAUAUUGUGUUGGGUGCACUAAAUGGUGAUUAACACUUUAAGCUUACAUCACUGUCUUUUUCCAAGGAUCUCAUGCAGUUGUGUUUGUGAUGUAGAUAGGAUUCUGUACAUAGCUGUACAAAAAGUGUACAUAGGAUGAUGUAUAUGAGUGUUAAACAGUUGACAUUAUAUUGCAAGCUGGCCUUCAUAAAUUGUAUCUUUGAAACAGUAAGAUUUGCUGCUUCUGACAGACUUCAUUGUUAAUGUUUAUGAGACAAAAAGCAAGAAUGUUGCACAGCAAUUUUUUUAUUUAUUUGUAUUUUUUUAAUGGUAUAUACAAUGGUUUUUGUUGUUAAUGUACCGCACAUGCCUAUUCCGAUGUUUGUUCAUUGUUGUGAUAAGUUUCAAUGGAAAAGAUGUAUUCUGCUGGUAUCCAAAGGUCAUGAAAUUAAUUAAAAUAAGUUUUAUUUGCAAGCUGUGGAUAGUGCUUGAACAUAAAUCCUUUUAAUUGAGGUUACAUUACUCAACAACUAGUCAGUAGACACAGAAAUUUACUUUACUUAGCAUUCAUUUGGUAUCUUAUAAGUUCAGAUCAUUGGGCCAGCAGAAAAUAUCCAUUUCAAGGUAUACAUAUCCUACAAAGUGCUUGAAAUUGUGAAUGCUGAUACACCUAUAUCAACUAUAGGAAGAACAGUGUACAAAAAUAUUUUCCUGAUUAAGAUAUAAAGUUUCUCUUGGUUGG